AUGAAUAUGAACCAAGGUCAACAAGAACCUGAAAAACCAGCUUUAGAACAAUAUGGUACAAAUCUAACCAAAUUGGCUGAGCAAGGUAAAUUGGAUCCUGUUAUUGGUAGGGAUCAAGAGAUUCGUAGAGCAAUUCAAAUUUUAUCAAGAAGAACAAAGAAUAAUCCAGUUUUGAUCGGUCGUGCUGGUGUUGGUAAAACAAGUUUGAUUGAUGGAUUAGCACAGAGAAUUGUUAAAGGUGAAGUUCCUGAAAGUUUAAAGAAUAAACAGCUAGUCGCUCUAGAUUUAGGUGCUCUAAUUGCAGGUGCUAAAUUUAGGGGUGAGUUUGAAGAGAGAUUAAAGUCCGUUUUAGAAGAGAUUGACAAGGCUAAUGGGGACAUUAUCGUUUUCAUUGAUGAAGUUCAUAUGUUGUUAGGAUUGGGUAAAACAGAUGGUUCAAUGGAUGCUUCUAAUAUCCUAAAGCCAAAGCUUGCUAGAGGUUUGCGUUGUAUAUCUGCAACUACUUUGGAUGAAUAUAAAAUCAUUGAAAAAGAUCCUGCUUUAUCAAGAAGAUUCCAACCAAUUCAAUUGAAUGAGCCUAGUGUUGAAGAUACUAUUAGUAUUCUAAGAGGUUUGAAAGAACGUUACGAGGUCCAUCAUGGUGUUCGUAUCAAUGAUUCAUCGUUGGUCUCCGCUGCUGUGUUGAGUAAUCGUUACAUCACUGACAGAUUCCUUCCUGAUAAAGCUAUAGAUUUGGUUGAUGAAGCUUGUGCUGUUUUAAGAUUACAACAUGAAUCAAAACCUGACUCCAUUCAAAUCUUGGAUAGAAGUAUAAUGACUAUUCAAAUUGAGCUGGAAUCUUUGAAGAAAGAGACUGAUCCACUUUCAGUUGAAAGACGGGAAAAAUUAGAAGAAGAUUUGAAACUGAAACAAGAUGAAUUAUCAAGAUUGACCGAGGUUUGGGAAAGAGAAAAGGCUGAAAUUGAUGCUAUAAAGAAUGCUAAAAAGGACUUGGAACAAGCUAAAGUUGAUUUAGAAAUUGCUCAAAGAGAAGGUAAUUAUGGGAAAGCUUCAGAAUUAAGAUACUCAAGAAUCCCAGAUUUACAAAAAAAAGUUGAAUUAAGUGAACAAGAAGAAAAUAAACCAGACUCACUAUUACAUGAAUCAGUCACUUCUGAAGAUAUCUCAAAAGUUAUUUCCAAGAUGACUGGUAUUCCAAUUGAUACUGUUGUUAAAGGUGACAAAGAUCGUUUGUUAUAUAUGGAGGAUUCAUUAAAGAGAAAAGUUGUUGGUCAAGAUGAAGCAAUACAUGCCAUUUCAGAUGCAGUGAGAUUACAAAGAGCAGGUUUAACAAGUGAUAAAAGACCAAUUGCAAGCUUUAUGUUUUUAGGUCCAACAGGUACAGGUAAAACUGAAUUGACCAAAUCCUUAGCUGAGUUUUUGUUUGAUGACUCUAGUAAUGUCAUUAGAUUUGAUAUGUCUGAAUUUCAAGAAAAGCAUACUGUUUCAAGAUUGAUUGGUGCGCCACCUGGUUACGUCAUGAGUGAAUCAGGGGGUCAAUUAACGGAGGCUGUUAGAAGAAAGCCAUAUUCUGUUGUUUUGUUUGAUGAAUUUGAAAAAGCACAUCCAGACGUUUGUAAAGUGUUACUACAAGUGCUAGAUGAAGGUAAAUUAACUGAUUCCCAAGGUACACAAGUUGAUUUCAGAAAUACAAUCAUUGUUAUGACUUCUAAUAUUGGCCAAGAUAUCUUAUUGCAUGAUGAAGAAAUCAAAAAUGAUACUGGUAAAGUGUCACAAUCUACUAAGAAUAAAGUCAUUGAAGCAAUGAAGCACAAUUAUCCACCAGAGUUUAUCAAUCGUAUUGAUGAUGUCUUGGUCUUCAAUAGACUUUCAAAGGAAGUUUUGCGUAACAUUGUUGAUAUCAGAUUAAAUGAAGUUCAAGAAAGAUUAGUUGAUAAGAGGAUUGUUUUGGAUUUAAGUAAUGAAGCUAAAGAUUGGUUGACUGAACAUGGCUAUGAUAACUUAUACGGUGCUAGACCUUUGAACAGACUGAUUCAAAAACGUCUAUUAAAUCCAAUGGCUAUGUAUUUGUUAAAAGGGCAAAUUGGAAAUAAUGAAACUGUCAAGGUCGUUGUUAAAGAUGGUGAUAUAGUUGUGGAGCCAAAUCAUAACGAAGGAGAAGUUGUUGAAGAAAAGGAGUGA